GGGAGGUUGGGGCCGGCGGGCGGGACCCGGCGUCGGGGCUGUGGCGAGAGUAUUCCGGACGGGUCCCCGGGAGGGUCAUCUCGCGUUUCGUCCCCGAGGGCGCCCUCCUGGCGGCCGUCUCGCAGGCGGCUGUCUUGUGGGGAGGCGAGGCUUGGCGGGCCCUCCUGCCCGGAGGUCCCUGGUGCGGGGGACCGGGACGCGGGAUGGGGUGGCUGUGCAAGUUACAUAGGCAGCUGCCUUGCACCGAGUCGGUCCCCCUGGCUGGGGAUUGCCUACUCUGGCUGGCAGCAGCUCUCCAGGGUUUUCAGAGGGAGUUUCCUGGAGAUGUUGGGGAUUGAGCCAGCUUCUCUUCCAGCGAGCUACAGUCCAUCCCUCUAGCUGCAGCGGGGUGGGUGAACUUUUCAUGCAGGGGCCCAGCUCUUGGUUGUGAAUGGAGUCCCUUCUUCACCUUGGAUGGCUGCCUCAUAGACUGACUGUUUACCUGCUAUGGCCUGUAGAAGAGGAGGCAAUCACAGGAAGUCUCUCUGUCCCACCUCCACUGUGAACUGCCGUAAACCUCUACCAUGUGCGAAUCAAGCUCAUAGCAUCUGCAUGGUGUCUGACUUUUUUUAUCCAAACAUGGGAGGUGUGGAAAGCCACAUCUACCAACUGUCGCAGUGCCUGAUUGAAAGAGGACACAAAGUGAUCAUUGUCACCCAUGCGUAUGAAGACCGCAAAGGCAUUCGGUACCUCACCAACGGACUGAAAGUCUAUUAUUUACCCCUGAGAGUCAUGUACAAUCAGUCGACAGCAACAACUCUCUUCCACAGUCUGCCGCUGCUCAGGUAUAUCUUUGUGCGGGAGAGAGUCACCAUUGUCCAUGCGCACAGCUCCUUUUCUGCCAUAGCCCACGAUGCCCUCUUCCAUGCCAAGACCAUGUGGCUACGGACGGUGUUCACAGACCACUCCCUUUUUGGAUUUGCUGAUGUCAGUUCGGUGCUUACAAACAAACUCCUGACUGUGUCCCUGUGUGAUACGAGUCACAUCAUUUGUGUUUCUUACACCAGCAAGGAGAAUACUGUGUUGCGGGCGGCACUGAAUCCUGAGAUUGUGUCUGUCAUCCCGAAUGCCGUCGAUCCCACAGACUUCACUCCCGAUACAUCUAGACAGGACAACAGCACAGUAACUAUUGUUGUGGUCAGUAGGCUUGUAUAUAGAAAAGGCAUAGAUUUGCUUGGCGGUAUAAUUCCUGAGCUUUGUCAGAAGUAUCCAGAUCUGCACUUCUUAGUUGGAGGAGAAGGGCCAAAGCGACUUUUAUUGGAAGAGGUGCGGGAAAGAUACCAACUGCAUGACAGAGUCCGUCUCUUGGGAGCAUUAGAACAUCAGGAUGUUAGAAACGUCUUGGUCCAGGGACAGAUUUUUCUCAAUACCUCCCUUACAGAAGCCUUCUGCAUGGCAAUUGUGGAAGCUGCUAGUUGUGGUUUACAGGUGGUGAGCACAAGAGUUGGUGGGAUUCCUGAGGUGCUGCCAGAGAAUCUUAUAAUCUUGUGUGAACCUUCAGUGAAAUCUCUGUGUGAUGGAUUGGAAAAAGCUAUAAGCCAGCUCAAGUCAGGAUCCGUGCUGUCUCCAGAAACAAUACACAGCCAAGUUAAAACUUUCUAUACAUGGAGAGAUGUUGCAGAGAGAACCGAAAAGGUGUAUGACAGAGUAGCCGGUGGAACUGUACUGCCCAUGGGCAGCCGGCUUGACCGACUGCUCUCCCACUGUGGUCCGGUGACGGGCUGCAUUUUUGCUGUCUUGGCUGUGCUGAGCUACCUUCUCCUGAUGUUCCUGAGGUGGUUGACACCAGAUGACCUUAUCGAUGUUGCCAUAGACGCGACGGGUCCAAAUAGAGCAUGGACUCAACAGGAUUUCCCCAGUAAAAACAAAAAGCGAAAGAUGAUGUCACACUCUUAAUGGUGCCAGAACCUGGAAGAUGGGCCUUCGUUCUCCCACACAUUUCGUGUUGGCUGUUUUUAGACUUGCUUCUUCACAAGGAGCCAUUGAUGAGCAGUUAUUGGAAAGCGCUCCUUAAUGGCUGGAAAGGCAUGUGGUAAGAUGUGCUACCUCAAAUCGGGACAGGCUAACAUGGCGCAGGGCUGACGUGCUUGCCAAGAUCUGCAGCCGUAGUGGUUCACUAGGAUUUCAGCUCUGUUCUGUGUAGAGAGAGAUGCAUCAGAAUAGCAUCAGUGACUGAAAAAUAAUGGGAGGAAGUAAGGGCAAAAUCAGGUGAGGGGAUUGGUUUGUUGUUUCCCUCUUUUUGCUGUGGUAGGGGUUCUCGGCCUUGGGUCCCCACCAGGUGGUCAUGGGCCCCUCCUCUCCAGCCACGAUAGCCAAAGAUGCUCACAACAUCUAGGGUUCCAAGCCCGAGAACCCCUUCCUUGCAGCACAUUGGUUUUCUAUCACCCUUCCGGGGGGAAACAAAACAAUGUAUUUCUCUUGCAGCAUAAUAUUACAUGUGAUCAGAGUUGUAAGCCUGAAUCUUGGGUCUGCUUGUGCUACUACAAUUUUCUUCAUGUCAAGGAGGGAAGUUCUAGGAAUGGCUGCUCCACACACUUGUAAGGCUGGGAGGGUCUUGCGCAAGGACACAGAUGAGAUCCAUGCCUCAGAGUUUCAAAGACCUCCUGUGCAUUUGUGCCUCUGUUCUCAUGUGAAAAUAUCCCUACAUCAAAAUGUGUCCUUUGAAAGCUGCUGCUUCUUGCUGGUUUCAAGUCCACUUGUUUUUGCUUCGUUUUGCUGGGCUUCUUUUAAAAAAUAUCCCAGGUUAGAAAAUGGAGACACGGAUUGGCCGUGGGGGCUCUUGGUGCCGGUGCUUUAAGCUACUGUUUGUUUGCGGGAGCUGCUCUUUGUCUGCUGACCUAUAUAAAGAGUCUGCACAAGUUAAAUCAGCUGUCUGCAUGAGAAGGUUAGCAUUGCUUGUGCCAGUGUGGUUGCAUAAUUACUGGUGAAAGCAAUCUUCGCAGCAGUUCUUAGCUUUCACCUUGAUCAGUAAGUCUGGCCAAAUCUAGGUUCAGCUGUCUUUUUGGACGGGAUUGCUACUUCUGCUCUAUGGAGGGGAUACCAAGCACUGAGGAAGCAGGUGCUUCUACCAUCUGGGGGAAAGUGGAUUUGUUUUAAAGCAGGCGUUCGAAACCUUGGGUUCCCAGAUGUUGGGCUACAGUUCCCAUUGUCCUCGGCCACAAUGGCCAAAGGCCAUGAUGGGAAUUGUAAUCCAACAACCUCAUGGGAACAGUGUUCCCUCUAACAGGGAUUCCCAGUUGGUGUUGACUACAGUUCCCAGAAUCCUCAGCUGCAGUGGCUUUUGCUUGGGGAUUAUGGGAGUUGUAGUCAACACCAACUGGGAAUCCCUGUUGGAGGGAACACUGCAGGGGACCCCAAGUUAGGAACUCCUCUCCAAGGAAAUGCAGCACUCUCUUUUGGUGGGGGCAGGCUAGAGAGAGAGAGAGCAAGGCUAGAUCAUUGUCUUAUUUAUUUGGAAGCAGGGACGUGCUGUUUUGACCACGCAUGCAAGACCAGGGCACCAUUUCCCCACACAGGGCUGCAAAAGCACAGAGGCUUUCAAAGGGCUAUGGAGGCUUGCUGGGUAAACGGGGGGGGGGGGUGUUCUCUCUCUAGAUAUCUCAGAGCAUUUUACAAUAUAAUAAUUAAAACAAAGCAUAAGUAAAAUACAAAAGUACAGAUAAUAUGAAUAUAAAAAUAACUCUAUUUAAAAAUUUAGAUAACUCAUAAAAAGCAAAAAGUACGUUAAAAACAGAGCAGCAACAGUAAAAACCAUACAUUCAUUUCAAAGUGUGGGUGAAGAGCCCCUAUUGGAUGACUUGGUUAACAUCAUAGGAACAUAGGAAACUGCCCCAUACUGAGUCAGACCAUUGGUCUAUCUAGCUCAGUAUUGUCUUCACAGAAUGGCAGAGGCUUCUCCAAGGUUGCAGGCAGGAAUCUCUCUCAGCCCGAUCUUGGAGAAGCCAGGGAGGGAACUUGAAACCUUCUGCUCUUCCCAGAGUGGCUCCAUCCCCUGGGGGGAAUCUCUUCCAGUGCUCACACAUCAAGUCUCCCAUUCAUAUGUAACCAGGGCAGACCCUGCUUAGCUAAGGGGACAAGCCAUGCUUGCGACCACAAGACCAGCUCUCCUCUCCCUCACUUGACUCCCUUCUCUUCAGAGGAGCAAACAGUCGUCAUCAUUGAGCUGGUUGGCAUUAUUUUUUGUGAGGGAAGUAUCAUUUUGGCCAGGUGAGCCAAAGCCGCCUCACCCCACAGAACCCUGUCAGGCACUUCACACUUGGAAUGUUACAAUGUUCUGACCAAAAAGGGGUUAAUAAUAAGAACAGCCUUGCUGGAUCAAACCCAGGGUCUGUCUAGUCCACCACCCUGUUUCACACAGCGGCUCACCAGAUGCCUCUGGGAAGCCCACAGGCAAGAGCUGAGGGCAUGCCCCCUCUCUUGUUUCUGCUCCCCUGCAACUGGUAUUGAGAGACGUCCUGCCUUGAGGCUGGAGGUGGCCUAUAGCCCUCAGACUAAUAGUAGCCAUUGAUACACCUGUCAUCUAUGAAUUUGUCUCAGCCCCUUUUUAAGCCAUACAAGCUAGUUGGGGUUGUUCUGCUCCGAGCUCAAAACAGGUCCUUUAUUUAAAGGGUGUUUCAAGCUUGAAACACUCAAAAUGGCUCGUUUUGAAUCAGAGUGUUCUGCCGAUCCCUAAUCCAUGUGUGUGACUGAACAUGCAUCCACUUGACCAGUGACUAUGAAUACUGGCAUCUCAGAGGUCAGGUAUAGAGUGUUUUUCUGUGCUUUGACCAUAAUGUGCAGCCCUGUUUACAUGUUCUGUUCAGUGCAUGUACAAUCUGUGCAUGAUGGGUCUUCAUGCAUGUACAGCUGUUCACAUUAUGUCCAACCCACACACAGUGGUCCUCUUCCUAUCUUCCUAUCUGUCAUUUGAGGGGGCAUAAAAUGAACACAUGUACAGUCAUGCACACACAAACAUGUAGAUGUGUACAGGCAUCUGUAUGCACCUACGACAUAACGUCAGAAUAAGGAAUUUGAAUAACUGCAUGUGUGUAGAGAUCAACACUCCAGGUAUUAGAAAUAUGUGAAUAACCCUUGAGUCUGCCCUCAGCUCCCUACCAACACUCCACAUAGAAGACUCCUAACUCUGUAAACACAGAAUAUAUUGGGAGAGCAUGAUGUGUGUACACACGCACACACUUUAAGUUGAUGUAAGGGGAAUGGAUUUCACUUAACUGAAAGCGAUGUUGCGCAUUGUUGAACUGCAGAGUCUAAAGCGGCAGAUUCCUUUUCUUGGUACAGCUUUCAAGCCUUUUGUGGUCCACAGUGUUGCCUUUUUAUUGCACAAUUCAAUCCUAUGUAUCUUAACUCAGUAGGAAGGUCCUCCAAGCUCAGUGGAACUUGCUCUCAGUGGUGCAGCCAACGGCCAAUGCCUCUUUGAUCCAGCAUGGCCACAGUGCUUGCAUGGAGUUCCUUCCUCUGCCUGCAUUGUUUCCCAUUCAUUUCAGUGGAGAGUCUUGAUCUAUGUGUGCAAGAGAGUGUGUGUGGCUAGAUCGGGUCCCUACACUGGAAUGAAAGGGGUGUUGAAGUGCAUGCACCUUUCUGGGCUACUUCCAUUGUCUGUAGUCCAGUGAACUGGGUUGCAUAUGCACAUGUGAUCAGUUGCAACUUGGCGCAAAAUGAAAAGCAAAUCCCAGUGAAAUCCGUUGGACCUUCUCUGAUUAUGUGCUAAUGCUACUGGUGUUGGAAGUACAAUAGGCCAUACUUAAUUUUUCAACUGUGUUGGUUGCACAUAUGAAUAGAAUUCAGUCAUACUUAUGGGAUGCAAAGGAGUAUUCCUGUUUACAAAAACUGAUUGCAUCAAAAGUAUUUGAGGCCUUGACAGGAAGGCAGCUUACAUUAUAUACAUGGCCUGUAACUUAGGAACAUAGGAAGAUGCCGUAUACUGAGUCAGCCCAUAGGUCCAUCUAGCUCAGAAUUGUCUGCACAGACUGGCAGUGGCUUCCCCCAGGUUGCAGGCAGGAGUUUCUCUCAGCCCUAUCUUGGAGAAGCCAGAGAGGGAACCUGGAACCUAGAUGCUCUUCCCAGAGCGGCUCCAUCCCCUGAGGGGAAUAUCUUCCAGUGCUUGUACAUCUCCAUUCAUAUGCAACCAGGGUGGACUCUGCUUAGCUAGGGGGGCAAGUCUUUUUCCUUUUCAGAAAAAUGUUGCUCCCUAUGCUUAGAGGGAACAUGUGAAACAAAGGUGCCAAUUUAGUACUGACUACUAAACAGAGUAGAGUUGCUCUAUAUGAACCAUGUAGUAGCUUCAUAAAUCUGUAUUUUUUACUGAAAGCAAUUCUCUCUCAUAACAGCACUUGCAAGAUUCCAUUUCACCUUAAUUGUGCUACAAGCACUAUCAGUACCUUACUUAAACUUUAAAUGUAUUGUGAUUAUUUUUUAACUUUGCAUAUUAUUUGCCACAUGCUACUAGCAAUUCUGUAAAUAGGGUGUGAUUCUGAUAGUCCUGGAACAAAUGUAUUUAGAUAUGACGUUUUGAGUGUUUGCCAGUUUUGUCUGGGACGGGCCUGGCAGGCCACCACCCUCGCGUGUCACUCACAGUGGCCUGACCUCUUCCCCACAUAAGGCAUCGGCCCCAUCAUUCAGCUGUGCUGCACAGAAGUGCAUAUUUUCAGUCAGUCUGGAAAAAUGGUACCCGUGUCAAAAGUGAAGGACUUUGGGCAAGGACCUCUGCUUGGCCGUUGCAGGGAUCCUCUAACUUGGGCCUCCAGCUCUGGCCAUCGUGGCUGGGGAUGAUGGGAAUUCUAGUCCAACAGCAUCUGGAGAACCAGGUUUGAAAACCACUGCAGCAACAGCAAAGGUUGACCACCAGAGUACUAGGUACAAUUAAGUUUACAGGUGGCAGAGUUUCUCUGAGGCUCUAGAGUUGGAUCUUGACUCGUCCUUCUUUAAAAGACAGCUUCCUCUUGACUUCAGCUGGAUGAGCUAUUACAUACAUACUUGCUCAUAAAAGUGUAUAUUCACAGUGCUCCUUCCCCAAUAUAGUGGGGAUAAAAAAAGCACAAUGUUGGUAGCAGAAAGUACAUCCAAACAGCCCCAUCUCUAUCCAGGUGAGGCAUCCUGCUGUCCUCAGGGAAGAGAAGACUGAGUUUACGUUGUAGAAAGGCUACCGGCAUGCCCACUACUUCAAUCAGGUGCAAACUGCCAUUUCUUGAAGCAAGCUAAUUCUGUCUGAGCUGGUGGGCUAACUUGAGCUAUAUGCAGCUCGGUUGUCAUUUUGCCUGUGGGCACAACUUUUAGCCUGUUGUACUAUGGUGUGUGUUGUAAUGACACAGUGGGGAAAUGACUUGAUUAGCAAGCCAGAGGUUGCUGGUUUGAAUCCCCACUGGUAUGUUUCCCAGACUUUGGGAAACAUCUGUAUUGGGCGGCAGUGAAAUGGGAAGAUGCUGAAAGGCAUCAUAUGUGGCGCGGGAGGAGGCAAUGGGAAACCUCUUCUGUAUUCUACCAAAGACAACCACACACCGACUCAACGGCACACUCUACCUUUUGAUUGGAAAAAGCACAGAUCAUGAAAUAAUCUCUCUGCUCCAUAACUAAUCUGAUACCCUGUCUCUCACAUGUGGUGUAGGGGCUGGCAACAACCUUGUGAUAAGUUAGGCUGAGGGUUCAAAGUCACCAGCAGACUUGACUGCUGAGUGGGGAUUGGCACCCAUUUUUCUUUGGCUAAAAUGCAGCAUUCUUCACUAUAUCGCAGUGGCUGACUGUCCAGUGAUCGCAGGCAUUGCCCAGUAACUGGACCGGGCUCUCUCAAAACAAUGGCAUGUCUCUCAACAAGGGAAGGUUUGCUCCAUUUCUAGAACGGUGAAGGCUUCAGCCUUCAGUGGCAUGACUUCUGCAGUUGCUUUUUAGAAGUUGCCCUGGAGAACUGCCAGCUUGCUCUUUACAGUCCUGAAUUCAGAAAGCAAUUCGGUGAAUAGAUGUGUGUGUCCUCUUCAGUUGGAAUACAGGAUAGCAGAAAUGCAAAAAGGAGUGUGUCUAUAUGAGGAGAGGGAGGCCUCUGUCUUAUUCGGUUAAAGACCAUGAAAAUAGUUUUCCCCAAAACAUUAGCUUAAAACACAAUCCCUUUAAAUCUAAAGGAAUUUUUUUUGCAAGCGGAUGCCUUUAGGAAGAAGCAAAGAAAGCAAACCUGUGACAGUUGUGGAUCUAGGCUACUUUGAGAUGGUAGAAUCCAUCUGUUAAAAAUCAGGAAAUCAGUCAUGAAGUACAGCCUCACAAUUUUGAGUUUCAUGGGUAUGAUGAAUUUAUGCAGUUCUUUUAUUUUUAGCCUAUAUUCCAGUAGGCUUAUGAGAUCACCCAGCAUUCUGUGCGUCUCCCCUGCUAUCAACUUUGCAGCGCCUGGACCAAUAUGAACCAAAUCAGGUGCAGUUGUAGGGACACAUCGGGACACCUCAUUGGUGUAGUUUGUGAUGUCAUCCGCCUCCAAAUUUGCAGCUAUAGGGACACCUCAGUGGUGUAAUUUGUGGUGAUGUCAUCCACCCCCAUCCAAGACGGCAGACACAUAAACUUUUGAGGCAUAAAUGGGCUAACUUGUGAACCACCUAACCGAUCUGAACCAAAUGUGCUACAGCUGUAGGGACACAGGGAUGCCCAAAUGGCAUGGUGUAAGAUGAUGUCAUCCACUCCAAUUCAAGAUGGUGCCCACAUCUGAGGCACAAGCAAGCUAAUUUGUGGACUGUCUAACCAAUUUAAACCAAAUUAGGUACAAUUGCAGUGAGUGACACAUAGGAACACCUUAAUGGCAUAGUUUGUGAUGAUGUCAUCCACCCCGGUCUAAGAUGCCGGACGUGUAAGCUGUUGAGGCACUAACAAGGGCUAACUUGUGAACCGCCUAACCAAUUUGAACCAAAUUUGCUACAGAUGUAGGUACACAUAGGGAUGCCAUAUUGGCAUAGUGUGAUGAUGAUGUCAUUCACUCCAAUUCAAGAUGGUGGCCACAUGAACAUCUGAGGUACAAACAGGCUAAUUUGUGGACUGGCCAACCUAUUUGAACCAGAUUGGGCACAGUUGCAGUGAGUGACACACACAGACACCUCAGUGGCAUAGCUUGUGCUGAUGUCAUCCAUGCUGAUUCAAAACAGCGGAUACAUAAACCUUUUGAGGUGCAAGUGGGCUAACUUGUGAACCGCUUAACCGAUUUGAACCAAAUUUGCUGCGUCUGUAGGGACACCUCAAUGGUGUAGUUUGUGACGAUGUCAUCCAUCUCAAUUCAAGAUAGUGGAUACGUAAAUGUUUGAAGUGCAAGUGCACUAACUUGUGGACAGUCUAACCAAUUUGAACCAGAUUUGCUGCAGCUGUAGGGAUACCUCAGUGGUGUAGUUUGUGAUGAUGUCACCCACCCUGAUCCAAGAUGGCAGAUACAUAUACUUUUGAGGCAUGUGCACUAACUUGAGGACUGUCUAACCAAUUUGAAUCAAAUUUGGAAGAGCUGUAGUGAAUGACACAGACACCUCAGUGGUGCAGUUUGUAAUGAUGACAUCCACCCCGGUCCAAGACAGCAGACACAUGAACAUUUGAGGUGCAAGAGAUCUAACUUGUUUUGUCCAGAUGUAGAGACAGUGAAAGGAAGUAGGCUGAUUAGUUCUUACUAGAACAACUUCUUUACAUUUAUAUCCCACUCUUCCUCCAAGGAGCCCAGAGCAGUGUACAUGGUUAUUUUUAUCUUCACAACAACCCUGUGAGGUGGGUUAGGCUGAGAGUCAAGUGACUGGCCCAGAGUCACCCAGUGAGUUCCAUGGCUGAAUAGGGAUUUGAACUCACGUCUCCCCAGGCCUAGUCCAGCACCCUAACCACUACCUUACACUGGCCCCAGUUAACUAAAUGUCUCAACAUGGGAGUAGGCAGGAAAUGUUGUAAAUUACUUUGUAUGUUUCAGUAAAGGGGCACUAGAAUAAAUGGCCUUCACUGUGACAUUCCUCUGUGACUAGAAGUCCUAGAGGAAUGCCAUUCUAAAAUGGUGGGUAAGGGGCUUGAGCGUCCUGCUCCCCCCCCCCGUCACAGAUAAUUGCAGUGACAUUCACUCCACAACACACGAGGCGGCUUUGUCUCAUCAUGUGUGCCUUUGCUCUUGGAACAAUAAAAGUCUGAUGACAAGGAUUAUUAAAAUACCAUGUUAAGAAAGUGGCUCUCAACCUGCAGGGUGAAGUCCUGUGGGCCCGACCCAGGAAGGUAUGGAGCACCUGGAAAGGGAUGUGUGGGCAAAUUCCAGUGAUGGAUCAUAGGAUCCUGAAGUCUGUGGGGCUUUCCUUCCCUCCUUAGCCAAAAGAGGUGGAAUGGAAUGCCCUGGAGAAGAGGCUUUAGGAGAGAACAGAGAGGAAUUGUUUUAGUCCCAUUUCUAAAGUGAAUGUUCGAUUAGUGACCCCAGAUUUUUGCACAAAACAGUGCACACAUCAGGAUCUUUGCAUGCUCUGUUGUAAAAAAGGGGUCCCUAAGAAGAUGUGGGGGAGAGUACAAUAAAUCUGGGAAACACUGUUUAAAGGACUUUAGUGUAAUAGUAUUGUACAGUGAGUCAAGGAUUUUUUUAAAAAGGAAAUAUUAAUUAAUAUUUUAAAAAUAUUUUUAUAGCCCUUUCUGGGUAUAUUAUGUCUUGUCUGUUUUUGGGGUUUUUUUUGGCCCCAUUUGUGGAUUGGGCGGUCUGUAUAAAAAUAAAUUUUAUACCAGUU